CCGGUCGGAGCCAUAUUGAUUUUUUGCGAGGAUGAUUACGAAGACGGGUGGUGGUGCGCGGGCCGUCGCUCUUACGUGAAGCGCGCGCGAGGAUGCACUCCUGCCUGGCCCGCCUGCGGCCACCGUGCGCACGCUGUCAACCUGUCGACAAGGCUCCGUGACAACGCGACGCGAAGUGGGCUGGUGCUGGUGGGUGAGCGACGAGAGAGAAAGAGAGAGAGAGAGAGAGAAAGAGCGAGAGCCUGAAGAAGAGCGCGCGGUCUGGAGCCGCGAUGAUGCCGUCGACGCAGCUCCGGCGCCUACUUCGCCGCGACAUUUCCAUGGAAACGUAGACGACGCGCGCGGCCGAGCAACGAUUGGAUCAGCAAACUUGGCCAGAAUUUGGAAGAAGUACAGUUUUGUUUCUUUGGAAGAGACGAGCGUGAAGUGGUGUUAAGUGCUCGCAUGACAUUGCCAUCCUUAGAUUUUGUACAAUGAGCAGUUGGACAGAGAGGAUGCAUCGACGCGCUGCCACAUUAGGAAAUGUUGUAACCAGCUGCGGACAUCCUUCCUCAGUACCGCCAUAUCCAAGGAGGCUGGAAAAAGUCAAAUUUGGAGUACCUUUGGACGAAGUGUGCAAGAAUGAUAUUCCUGGUCCCUUAUUGGUUCUCAUAUUGAAAUUGAACAAGGAAGCCCCGCUCAGAAAGGAUGUUUUCCGGGCGCCCGGUCACCAGGGUAACAUGAAGAAGCUGGUACACUUUCUGCAAACUGGACACCUCGUUAACAUGGACAAUUUCAGCGUUUACACGAUAGCCAGCGUGCUGAAGAAGUUUUUGCGCAAGAUACCUGGCGGAGUGUUCGGAAAGGAGGGCGAGCAGCAGCUGUUCACCGUAAUCCAGCUAGAUAGCAUAGAACAACAACGGGACCAGAUACACAGAUUAAUCACCUCCAUGCCGAUCUACACGCAACGAUUGCUAGUGUUGCUGUUCGGGACGUUCAGGGUAGUAGCGGUAAAUAGCGAGCGAGCUCACACGGGGAUGACCAGUGAGGCCCUGGGGGUGUCUGUGGCACCCUCGUUCUUUCAGAGCUGCGUCAGCGACGGCAAGACUGCGAAGAUGGAGGAUGUUCUCAGGUUUAAGAUUGCCACUCGCGUCACCAAGUUCAUGAUAGACAAUUUUGGCGUCUCGAAUCUAUUCGGAAGGGACAAUUAUGAAUUUUACGCGCGGAUAACCGGCCGAAUAUUGAAGGUGGAGGAAGACUGGAUCUUUAGUUUUAGAUAUCCACCGGAUACUCUCGUGUCAAGACAAUUAUCGCUGGAGGCGGAAAAGACAUGGUUGCAAUACGAAUGCGAAAGAUGGGGACUAAAGUUUAAUUUGGAAUGUAUGUCGCAUCAGGAGGAAUCGCAGUCGACCCCGGCGUUGAUUCACAUGCCGGAGACCGUGAAUCUCACAUCGUCCCUGGGCAUGAUCCCGGAGAACACCUUACUCGAGAGUUACACGCGUCUCUCGGUUAGUUUAGAGGAGAACGGCCUGUUCCAGGCGCCCAGUCGUUCGUCGAGUAACGGCAGUCAUCAUUCUAGACGAGCGGCCGCGGGCAUGACCUUGGACGAGUUGCGCGCGGUGAAUCGCUACGCCGAGAGCACGAAGAGUCUCAGCUACCUGCCGCAGGUUCACGAGAGACAGGCCGCGCGAAUGCGAACCAGAUCUGAAUGGUUCCUCACCCCAGUGGGGGAAAGACUGGUGGCGACAGAUAGCGAUCCCACGGCGAUACACGUCCUACGCGGUUCUAAUCGCUCUUCCUCCGGCAACAUUGCCACGGGUCUGAGCGCCAGCGCGGAGUCUGUGAAGCGGCCAAGUCUGCGGAGGAACUCGUCCAGGGAGAAGCAACGCCUGCACCGCAGCUCGUCCCGUCGCAACAAGGAAAACGGCGCGAAGGGAGGUGGCGUUCGAUCAGCAGCAGCGGCGGCAGCGGCGGACGUAUCGCGUUCCCUGGAGGCGAUCAAGACCGUGAAGAUCGUGCGAGUGACAGUGACGGCGGAUCAGCAGUCUCCCCAGCAGCAGCAGCAGGCGGCCGAGAAGAUGCUGGACAACAGCUACAACGAGAUCAUCGAGGAGCAGGCGACGCGAGUGCCGUCGCGCACCGGCGCCGACGGCGUCAUCGGGCCACAGGAUUGCACCGAGAUGGACGUAAAGACGUUCCACGUCACUUUGACAUACAAGCCGCGGAUAUAGAUCUUCUCUUAAUCCUUUUUUAAAUUUUAAUACUAUCUCAAAUUUUUAAGCGUUGUUUUGUUCAAAAGUUAUAGGUAAUUUUUUGUAUUUUUUUAAAUCUUGAAAUGCUCAGGAAUUAAAUUCGAACAUUGUCUUCUUAAUGUAAAGGAUUCCAUAUCAAAUACUUAGGAUUUUAGCUUUCAGUGAAAUUGACUGUUUUUUUUCAUAUACUGUUGUUCUUAUGUCCUGCUGAACCAAAGAUGUAAUAGCCUUAAAGAUACCCAAGUAGCAAACUGACGUCAUUCGACGUCAAAAUGACAUAUGCUUGCUAUCUGGGUAAAUAUUGGAUAGUUACUGAGUUACAGCCAAUCAAAAAAUCACAGAAUCCGAGUUUUUCGUAUUUGACUGUAACUAUCUAUUACCCAGGUUGCAAGCAUACGUCAUUUUGACGUAGAAUGACGUCAUUAGACAUCAAAAUGACAUCAUCAUGUAAUAAACUCAAAUUUAAGCUAAAUAUCUAUGUAACAAACUGACGUCGAAAUAAUGUCAUUAAACGUCAAAAUGACAUUAUUAUGAGGUUUAAUGACGUUAGUUUGUUACUUGAGACAUUUUUUGUUCAGCAGAUAAUAAGCUACAACAUAUGAGAAAACCAAUUCCUAUGUAUUUGCUGUGGAAUUCUUUACGUAUGUUAUUAAUAUACAGGGUGUUUCCUAAAAAGUGAGAAGUAUUGGAAUGGAGGAUUCAAACCACAAAAAUAAGAGAAAAAGUUUAUAUAAACAUAUGUCCGCGCGCGAUAUGACCUUGUUUUCAAGUUAUAGCUUGUUUUAUUUUUCAACAGAAUUAAGAUAAUUAUAGUUACAGGAAGUGCUCAAAAUGACUACUUCUAACUUGAAUACAGGCUUUAACAUGUCUCAUCAUAGAUUGUCUGACUUUAAAAAAUUCCAUCUUCAACACGUUGACGAAGUAACAUAUAGAUGUUGUCAAUAGGUAUUUUGUAAACAAUGGAUUUUAGAUGCCCCUACAAGUAAUAAUCGAGUAGAUUCAGGUCUGGAGAGUGAGCUGGUCAGGACCAGCACGGCCUAUCCAUCUACCAGGAAACCGUUCAUCCAAAUAAACAAAACAAGCUAUAACUUGAAAACAAGGUCAUAUUGGACAUAUGUUUAUAUGAACUUUUUAUCUUAUUUUUGUGUCCUGAAUCCUCCAUUGCAAUACUUUUUAGGAAACACCCUGUAUACAGAGAUUAUCUAAUUUAUUAUUGCCAUUUAUCGUAAUUGAAAUGCUCUUGUUUCUUUAGAAGGAUAGUCGUGAAUUUUUUAUUGUUUCGAUGACGAUGUCCCAAUUUCGGGACGAACGAUAUUGCGUUACAUCUCGUUUUUAUUUCGAUUUUAUUAUCCGUUAAACUUACUCCCUAAUAGACACUAUCUAUCGUGGCAUUCCAAACGCAUUUACUCUUGUCCCGCGAUACUUUUUAACUCGUCUUUCUCUUUUCUACUCGCUCGCAUACUCGAUAAUUUUAUUCAUUUAAUCAAGACAUCCCUCGUUUUAUACGAAAAUCAUAUCACACACAUACACAUACACAUUCACACACCACAUAACACACAUCAUUUAUGUAUUUAUUCCAAGCUAAUAUUAGAGGUACGACUUAAAUACUCGAAAUCUUUUCCCAUCGAUCACCUUUGUGUGACUAAUGUAUACCGGGUGUUCCACGAAAUAUCCGAUAAAUUUUAUGAUUUUACAAAUUUUUCGUUUAGAUUUUGGGGUCGAUAUCCUUUAAUAAAAAUUCACAGCGCGAGCCACUGAUUUGCGAAUAAUUAUUAUUAAAUAAUUAAAUAAAAAAAAAUAUAUAUAUAUAAU